AUGGAAGGAGAAGAAAAAGCUUAUCACAGAGAGUCGAACACAAGCUGGUGUUGCAAAUUAUUUCUGUUACUCUAUAUAGCUCUGGUCGCCUCAGCUUCUACGUUCACCAUUCUAAGAAACUUCAACCUGUACUACCAUUCAAGCCGGGUCUCGGGUCGACCCGGAGGUAUAGUGCAAAACUACUCUGACGCUCUUGGACUCGCCACGCAGUUCUUCGAUGCCCAGAAAUCUGGGAAGCUGGUGGUGAACCGGGUCGGGUGGAGAGGGGACUCGGGGCUCCGAGAUGGGAGUGAGGAGGGGUUGGACUUGUCAAAGGGGAUGUAUGAUGCUGGUGACCUUAUAAAGUUUGGGUUUCCCAUGGCUUUCACUGCAACAGUGUUGUCAUGGUCUAUUCUUGAAUACGGUGAGCAAAUGAAAAAGGUGAAGCAAUUGGGUCAUGCCCAUGACUCUCUGAAGUGGAUCACUGAUUACUUGAUCAAUGCACAUCCUUCCCCAAAUGUGCUUUAUAUUCAGGUGGGUGAUCCUGAGUUAGACCACAAAUGUUGGCAAAGACCUGAAACCAUGACAGAGAGGAGGCCUCUAGUUCAGAUCAAUACAUCCUUCCCAGGAACAGAAGUGGCAGCAGAAACGGCAGCAGCUAUGGCAUCAGCAUCUCUUGUUUUCAGGAAAAUCGACUCCGCAUACUCGAAAUUGCUCCUCAAGCAUGCCAAGCAGCUGUUUGUUUUUGCUGAUACUUAUAGAGGUUCUUAUAGUAUCAGCAUACCCCAAGUGCAGCAGUUUUACAACUCUUCAGGAUAUGGAGAUGAGCAGUUGUGGGCAGCUACCUGGCUCUACCAUGCAACAGGAGAAGUGGACUAUCUCAGGUAUGUGACUGAACAGAACGGGCCGGCAUUUGCCAAUUGGGGAAGUCCAUCUUGGUUUAGUUGGGAUGACAAGCAUGCUGCAACUCAGGUUUUGAUGUCCAGGAUAAGUUUCUUUGGUGCAAAAGACCUCUCUAUGGCAGAGAACAUUGAUAUACAGAUGUACCGAAAAACUGCAGAGGUCUUCAUGUGUGGACUUAUACCUGAUUCACCUACGGCCACAUCUGAUAGAACAGACAAUGGUCUGAUAUGGGUGGAAGAAUGGAACUGUCUGCAACAUGCUUUGUCUUCAGCCUUUCUAGCAGUUCUCUAUAGCGACUACAUGGUUGCAUCACAGACUGAAAUGCUGUAUUGUGAUGGCAAAAUUUACAAUCCAGAAGAUCUUCGUAGCUUCGCCAUCUCUCAGGCAGAUUACGCUUUGGGAAAAAACCCAAUGAAGAUGAGUUAUCUUGUAGGGUAUGGGAGUAACUACCCUCAACAAGUGCACCAUAGGGGAUCUUCAAUUCCAGUUGAUGCAGAUACUGGCUGCAGCGAUGGGUUUAAAUGGCUGUACUCCCCCGAUCCAAAUCCGAAUGUAGCUGUUGGUGCCCUGGUUGGUGGUCCUUUUCAGAAUGAUAGCUAUAUGGAUAUCAGGAACAAUUCAAUGCAAGGUGAACCAAGCACCUAUAAUAGUGCUCUCAUUGUUGCCCUCCUCUCUGGCUUAGUUUCCACUUCUUCGUCUCUAAAAUCGUAUGUGAGCAGUCUCAUCACUGUACGAGAAACAUUGCUUUCAUCAGAGAAGCAGUUUCAAACUAUUGAGAGGUUGUUUGAACGGCUUGUCGCAAAAACAACACAGUUAGAGGGUGAGAAAACACAGAAAGAGGUAGAAGUUCAGAAACUUAUGGAAGAGAAUGUAAGGCUGAGUGCUCUUCUUGACAAGAAAGAAGCACAACUUCAUGCCAUGAAUGAACAAUGCAAGGUGAUGGCUUUGAGUGCUUCGAACAUCUAAUUCUUCAGGCUUCCCUUUGUACUGCCUGGUGGUUGGUGGCUGUGGAUGGUUGUUGGUGCCGGUGGUUGCCUUGGAACACAGUUUGGUUCAAUCCCACCUAUUAUUACCAAGGACGCAUCUAGCAAUGCAUGGCUUUGAGUGGCGAACUUUGUUGGAUAUCCUUUCUUUCAAUUGUAACAUUGUGAAGUGCCCCCUUGAACUUAUUAUCGGUUCUGCAUUUAUGCUGCUGUUGUUGGAAACUAAACCUAAAAAGUCAUUAAUUGGAAUGCAAUAUCUGAGCUAGAUUGUUUAUGCAUC